CAACCAAAGACCUACAUACAAAUACCCGCGAAAACCUCAGAAAACGUAUAUAUGUGUAUAUAUAUAUAUAUAUACAAAUAUUAUAUAUUAUAUAUAUGACUGUAGCAAACCAAAUAAUGUAUGGUGUAUACAAACACAAUCAAAAUAUCCAGCCCAAAGCCCACUUUUAUCUUCACUAGAGUAUUCUUCAUUGGAAUCCUAGCUCUUAAGGAAUUCAGUCAGCUCAUUUUAAUCAGUUAUGUGCCUCAUAUGAGAUCCAGUUUUCUCACACAAACCACCUAUCCAAUGAAGUAGCUAGUUCAUAAGAUCUUGGAGAAUAUAGAUUAUGUGGAUCAGUCUCAAAUGUAUUAGUAGCCUGGUUUGGGUAGCAAAAUUGUCAUCCAACAGAUUAUCUGUAUCACGUGAGUAUAACUUUUUUGAUCCUUCUGGAUCACUUAGCAAGUAUAUGAAGCCAUUUAGUAAAGCUGUGACUUGGGUGCCAUCAGUAUGCUCACACCAUCAAUCAUAGUAUUCUGCUGAAAUGACUGUCUAUAGAGUUGGAGUAAGAUGCAUUAUUCUUCAUGGUUCUAUUCCAUACUCCAGAGUUGACAUGAGUAUGUGACUUCAGCAAACUUCUACUAAGCUAUGGUAUCCAAAUUUUGUCAAUCUUGUUUAAUUUCUACAUUAAUCCAUUGAAUGAAUUAAUCCAGGGCUUUGGGACUAGAUAUUGCCUAUAUGCUAAUGAUGCCUAGCUUUUUUCCCCCCUGGAAUCGUGUGCUCGACCACUACUUGCAUGGCCUGGUACCAGGCCCUGGCCCAGGUAUUAAGGACUCCUGUUUUAUGCCAUUUUCUGAAUUUAGUCCAGUAUCUCUCAAAUAUGGUACUCUAAAUUAGGCCUAAUGCUCCUUUUAGAAUCUAACCAACAUAGAAUAAGGUCAAAUCAUGAUUGAUUUGAACUGAUAUAGCCUAAAACUGAAUUUGCCUUUCUUGUCAACCCCUGAUAUUUCCUACUUAGUUUGUAAUUCAUUACUUUUCUAAAAUCUUGUAUUAAAAAUGGGGGAGAGUAUAUUGAACACAUGGUAAUGCUUCAGAAACAAUAGUUGUGAAUAGAUAAAAGGCCAGUUAAGUUAACAAACCCAUAAUAGUUAAACAUGUUUACUAUGAAUUGGCUAUGUACAUAAGGAAUAUUUGCUUUUUCUCUGUAGGUUUGCUUAUAAUGUGGCAUUAAUGCAACAGUAGCUAAUGUCAAUGAAUAUCUCAUGAAUAAUUUCAGUGUUUCUCAACCUGAGCCACUUUAAGCUGUGUGGACUUCAAUUCCCAGAAUUCCACAGCCAGCAUGUUGAAGUCCACACAUCUAAAGUUGAGAAACCCUGAAUUAACUGAUCUGAGGUAAAUCUUAUGCCUGAAUUUGUCAAAGCUGAAAAUCUUGUCAAGCACAAGAUUGCUGUACAGCAUUGUGAGACUGGUAAUGGGAUUAGAAGCACAGUGAGUUGGAAAUCUGGUGUUGGGCUUUGGUCUUUCUGAGGGAGAGAGGAAAGAGAGGAAGAUCUGUUGCUGCCAAAUGAAAGAUGAAUGAAGCAGCCUUGCCAGUGGUAGAAAUACAUGAAGGAGAGAAGGGAAGUAGAAAGAAGGCCCAAGGAGAAACGGGCAUAAACCUUUAAGAGAAGAUACAGAAAGUUUAUUAAUUAGAGUUACAGUUUGAACAACAGUAUCCCAUAAUCCAUGGCCAAACAGAGAUGACGGGAAUGAGGGAAUAUGUCAACAUGAUUCAUUGGAAUGAUCAUCAGCUUUAUCACAUGCUCAGGAUUUUUUUUUAAUGAGUAGAAUUAAACACAUCGCAAGAAGCAGUAUUGUUUUCCUUACCUUACCCAAUAGUUUGGAGGUGAUUUUGAAUUUUUUUUUAAAUUAAGAGAAUGGGUUUAGCUUAACUUUCACUUUACCUCAUUUUAAACUACCACUUUUGAGAUCCAUUUAGUUUUUCAAAAUACAAGCUGUUAAUUGGCUAUAGCAGUUGAUGAAUCUCUUAUAAUCCCAUUUCACACAUGGCAUGGGUUUGUGGGAAAGCAUCUAUAAAUAAACUGUUGAUCUGAGGCUGCCACAGGUAGUCCUCGAGUUAUAGUAAUUCCUUUAGCAACUGUUUGAAGUUACAAUGGCACUUAAAAAAAUGACUUACAACCACUCCUCACACUUACGACCAUUGCAGCAUCCCCACUGUUAUUGUGAAUUUGGUGUGACUGACUUAAAAGCCACUUUACUUAGGAAAGGAAGUUCUGGUCUCAAUUAUGGUCGUAAGAUGAGGACUAUCUGUAUUCAGGUACAUUCUCACUUAACAAAUAUCAUUAGUACUGUAAAGUUAUGUAGUAUUUUUUUUCCACAUUUUCUGUUUCAGAUGAUGCAUAUUACAAACCUUUUCAUCUUUAGCAUUCACACUAUCAGCUGAAAGCCUUUCCAUUCAAAAAGAUUACUAGCCCAGACAAUUUCACACUUUAUAUCUAUUCAUACACAUAAUAUAAUUCAAACUGAUUAUUGUUAUAUUUUCAAAAUUUAUUCAGUCUUCAGUUUUGAAAUGAAUCAGUUAAAUCACACUGACCUUCACAAUUGAAACUAAGAGUAAAUACUACCAAGUUUAAUUCACUACAUAAGUAACAUAUUUAAUUUUGAAUGAUUGCAGUACAUACGUAGAUGUUUUCAGCGAUUAUAUUACUGAAAUAUAAUACUGUUUCUUGCACAAUCCCAUCUUCUGAGAGGAGCAACUUAAAAUAUAACUUGGCUAAAAGGCCUUAUUUGUACAAUGGUAAUUUCUAGAUAAUAAUAUUUUUUUCUGUCUUCCAAUAAAAAAAGUUUCCCUCUGAUGACAGCAACACUUAAUAGUUUGUGGUGGCCAUCCAAAAGGUUCUGGCCUGGUUUUGAAUUUAAUAGAAUUAAACAUUAGAUAGAUAACUUUUAUUGUCAUUUUUUACUGUGAGCACAAUGGUACACAUUCAAAAUGAAAUUUAGUUGCUUGUUCUCAACGUGUACACAUAUAUAACACAUAUUUAAACAUAGUAUACACAACAUGUAUAGACCUACACCCUUACAUAUAAGUAACAUAAAUAUUAAUUACUGCCUAUCUUGAAUAUAUAAUGGAAAUAUUGAAUUUGAGUUCAGGAGCAAGUUGUUGGGGAGCAUGACAAGAAAUUACUUCCAUAGAAACUAGAAUGCUGUUACAGGUUGUAAAAAUAAUAGCUAGUUCCUGAUGUUACAAUAAUGCCAGUACUAUAGGUAGUCAUCAUUUUAUGAUCAUAAUUGGGACCGAACCAUCUAUUGCUAUCAAGGCCAUUAAGUCAGUCACAAUUUUAUGAUCUUUUACGCUGUGGUUAAGUGAAUUACAUUAUUUAUUUUAGUUUUAUUAGAAACUUCAUACGGAGUAAAGGUGGUUUCAUUUCCAUUAUUAUAUAACUGUAUUGAAAAUAUAUGUGAUAUUUAGCUGUUCAGUACUCGAAUUUUCUUUAGAGCUUAAGCAAGAGCUUAUAGCAAGAUGUGGUGUUUUAUUAUUCUAAUACAGUUUGCUAAUUUCCUUUUUAUUGCACAUUUAAUUUUUGAUUCUUCACAGCAACAUACACUUGUAAUCUAAGAAUUGGGUAGAGAAACAAGAUUAGAGCAAAUGAAGUUGGAUCUUCUGAAAAUGAAAGAAGCUGCUUUAAUUUAUCUUGACAGGAGUGGUGGUCUUCAGAAAUUUGUUAAUGACUGCAAAUCAUAUUGUAAUGAAUCUAGCCAAGGUUGCGCUGUUUUCCGGUUUCUUAUAUUGAUAAACCCAUCUGAUAUUACUGAGUUGGAUGCUACCCUUGGAAAUUAUAUUUUGCAUCAACCUGUGAAGGGUACUCAGAUUUUUCAGUCAGUAUGUUUUACUGCAGUUAAAACAUUGUCAUUAAUUCAACAAUUAGAGACUGAAGCUCAGAUGAACAUAAUUCUGAAACUAACACAUGUACCUUCCUUGCCCUGUUACAUUCUCAGUCUUUGCAAAUUUCCAUUUGAUUAUACUACUCAGAGGUUUUAUGUGGCAGAGGGAAUAGUGGUUGCAAUGAGUAUCAUAACAAAGUACACACAGGGAGCAAGAUUUGUUUGUUCUGAAGAAACAUGUCAGUUUUCUGAAGGGUUUCAGUAUAUAAGAGUACAUACUGCUGGAGCUACAGAAUCUGCAACACUAAGAAAUGAUUUUGCAUGCAGCUUAUGUAUGUCACCACUGAAAGAAGACAAGAAAUAUCGAGUACUUGGUGAUAAACAAGUGGUUGAAAUGAUUGACUCUAAAGCAGUUAGUGUAUUACAGGGAUUUUCCGGAAAUAAAACACAUUUCAGAUUUCAAUCAUUUACAGUGCUUCUAAGAGAUGAAUUAUCCAAUAAAAUGAAAAUGGGAAAUCAAUAUAAAGUUAUAGGAAUUCCAGUCUAUAUGCAAAGCUGUUUACAAGCCACACUUUGUCUUGAAGCUAACAACAUAUAUCCUUCUAAUUCUACAGGGCUUUCUUGUAUCAGUGAAAAAUUUAAGUACCUGCUUUCUUUGACUUCAAAUUCAUGUUGGAAAUUUACAGCACUUCUGGCUGAAAGCUUUGCUUCAAAAGUUCUUCCAUCGGGCAUUUAUAAUACUCUGAAAUUGGCUAUAUUGUUGAGCUUAGUACAAACUAUUGAUGGAGAUGACAAAACAGCAGACUACUUAGAUCUUCUGGUAAUAACAAAUGAUUCUCUUAUACUGGAGAGAAUUAUGAAUUAUAGUAUAUGUCUUGUGCCCCGAGGCAUUCGGCACUUUCCAUCCGGUGAAGUUUUUCCAACUGUAUCAAAAGAUAAACAUGGGACCGGAACUGCUAUUAUUCAGGCUGGUAGUGCUUUAAUGGCUAAAAAUGGAAUAUGCUUCAUUGGGGAGCUGACUUCAUAUAAGAAAGAGAAACUUGAACAACUACAAACAGUACUAGAGAGCAGGACAAUUACUAAAUUCAUUCCAGGAAAGAAAUAUGGAGAAAGUACUGAUCAGCAAGUUAUUUUUCCAAUUCAAACAAGUUUCUGGUCAUUUAUUGAUGUGGAUUCAUCUUCAAAAAAGCAUAUACAACUGGAUAAUACUGUAAUUGGUCAGUUGGACUUAAGCCUGAUUUCAGCUACUCUUAUAGAUGCCUUUGGACUGUUGAUAUACUGCAAUGAAGCAUCAUGUUGUCAUUCUCCAUUUCCUGUUACCAAUUUCAUUUUAAAAAAAUCUCUUAAUUCAGAAGAGAUUUAUUCUAUCGCCCAACAAUUUCAAACCCAAGAUUAUGAGGAAUUUCUUGCUUUUUCAAAGAAUUUGCAUGUAGAAUUAUGUCCAGAAGCAGAAAGAUUAAUUCAUGGCUACUAUCUAGCAAGUCGAAGAGUCAGAACACAACUCACAAAUGGACCUAAUCUCUCAGCAACUUCACUAAAAAUCUUGAUUUCGCUGUCUAAAGCACAUGCUAAGCUGAGACUAAGGACAAAAGUACUCGAACAAGAUGUUUUAAUUGCAGUGUUAUUAUUUGAAUCAUCUCUUACUUUAAAAUAUGGUGCGUCUGUAUUUUGCGUGGCUCCUAAUGCACUUUUUCCAUUUGAACUCAAUUCUGAGAACUCCCUGAAUCAAAGGGAUAUUUACUUGAUGGAAUACCACCAACAAUUGAAACAGUUCAUUGCUACAUAUGGGCCUGUGACACAUAUUCUCAGCAGUGAGAUUUAGCAAUACACAAUAUUGAAUCCAAUUCUCAGGAAAAUUAAUUCAUUCAUCUAGCCUAUCGGUGCGCUUCCAAGUUAUAUAAUGGAAUACGUUAAUGCUAUAAUGACUCGUCAUGUCCAAACUUUUUUUAAAGUCUUGUAUUUCAGCUAAAGCUAACUAACAUUUUAUUCUUGUUGUACAAUAGUAGUUUUUUCCUAUACCAUAUUGGAUUUUUCUUAUUUUGGAUGUUAUAACAAGCAUAGUAAAAUAGGUACAUUUGUUUUAGUUGUCUCAUCAAAUUUUCUGUUAAUGAAAUUGCAUUCAAAUUCCUCACACAGGAUUUUACUCUCACCCCAAAAAAUCAGUAUCACAUUCUAUAAUAUAAAACAAGAAAUGAAAAUUUAAUGGGAUUCAAAAAUAUACAGGCUGAAAUUCAUUCUCCCACAUGAUAUAAAUAAACGACAGUUCAUCAGCAAAGACUUAGAUUUGAUUCAGUGGUAAGGUUUACAAUAACAUUAAAAACAAAGAUAUACACAUACACAAGUCAAGCAUGGUUGCCAGAUUGGAUUUUACAAAAAUGUAGGAAAAUAGUCUUUAUAGAACCAUGUUAUCUAUCAUGGCAAGUCUGCCUUCCUCACCCAAUCUUCAUGCAGAAACAAGAAAAAUUCUGAAAGUUUUCAAACAAGCUAACUGAAAAAAAGUUAUUCUUUCCAGGAAAUCUUGAGAAAAAAAUAUAAUGAAAAACAUACCGUCAAUGCCGGCGUAUAAGACGACUUCUGCGAGUGCUGAAAUCGGCGCCAAAGACGGGGUCGUCUUAUACGCCGAGUCGUCUUAUACGCCGGAAAUACUGGUAGUUUCCGGCGUAUAAGACGACGUUCUAGGAAUGCGGCCCGGCUAUAAAGACGGGGGUCGUCUUAUACGCCGGGUCGCCUAAUACGCCGGCAUAUAUGGUACUUUACAACUACAUCAACAUCAAACUAAAAAAUUUGUUCAAAAUUAAUUUCAUACUGGAAAA